UUUGACACCAUAUUAACCUGCAUCUGUAGUACCAAUCUUGAUUUUAACUAAUUGUUCAUUCAUCCCAUUCUCAAACCCAGCUAUUGAAGUAAAGAUAGGAAGCCUGAUUUUACCGCCCAUCCACAAGCAUAGUUCUAAAAAAAUGCAUUAAAUGAAUUCUCUACCAUCCCUAAACCUAGUUAUUAGAGCAAAAUAAAACUAAACUCCAUUUUCUUGCCCAACUCCAAGCCAAGCCCUUAUGUGAUGAGUCCUCGCGUGGAUGGUGAGUUUCUCCCAGACCAUCCAGCCACACUGGUCAGGGAAGGCCGCUACAACCAUGUCGACAUUAUCGCCGGCAGGACACGGGAUGAAGGCACUCUUAAUGUCCGAACGUUCUUGCAAGACGGCACAGUGGACGCUCUGAUAAAAAACUUCAACACAGUGGGGCCCUAUCUAAUGGGAUUAAAUUAUUGGGACGACAACAUCGACUUCAUUGGCCGCCUCAUUUUCCACCGUUACAUGGGUCCCAUUGAGUUUGACAUGAGCAAGGUCAACACCCUGGUCAAGCUAAUUGGUGACUGCUUCUUCAAUAUAUGCAUCAUGGAUGCUAUAGAAAACCAUGCAAGAGACACCGCCUUUGGUAAUCGUGUCUACGCUUACGAGCUGCAGCAUCGUGGGCAAUACACCUUCACAGACCUAUACAUGGGACCUACACCUGAUUGGAUUUUGAAUGAUGUUAGCCACAUGGACGAUUUGCAGUACCUGUUCAACUUUGACAAUCUCAAUAUCAGCUUGAGUAAGGAAGAAGAUCUCUUCGUUUCUCGGAUCAUGGUAGACCUUUGGACAACUUUGCUGCUACGGGGCGACCCAACGCCGGAUAUGUCAUGGGAUUCAAUGGACACCGAUGAGGUCUCGAAGACUUCUUACCUCGGCAUCACCAUCCCAACCAUGAAGGUCUUCGAUGAUCAACAGGACUUGGAAUUCUGGAGGAAUCUACCAAAGAAGAUGAACAAGUUGCUGUAUCCAGAGCGCUUUCACAAGAACUAAAACUGGGAAGCAGUAGUUGUUACCAUACCAUGAUGCUACCAUAUCAGUUACGAUAGGUAUUUCGUUACCGUUAUAACUGCAGUGUGGGGCAUUAGCUGGGAUUUUUGGUAGACAGUGAAUAUGGACUCGGCCUGAUUUUCAAUUACUCUCAUUGUUUAAGGCCUUUUGGGACUAGCAUGAACAGAGGCAUUAUAUACUCAGUUUAUAUUCUCUGUAAAGAAAUAAAUUGUCAUUAAAUAAAAACAUUGUUUUA